AUGCUCUGCCCCCUGUGCAGGCCUGGCAACCUCUCUCCGCCGGUGCCGCCGCCAUGGGGCGGGCACGUCGCGCAGCAUCUUCCUCGCACGUGCCAGCAGCCAUCCAUAAAAGCACUGGCCGCACCAGAAGACGGCCCCAGAACGGCCCAUCAGAGAGCGGAUGGGCCGCCCGCUCGCGGCGCGGCGCGCCGGAGGGAGCGAACGGUCAGGUCAAUCCUCCUGCAAGAUCGAGGCUUGGGACAGUCUCGGCUUUUGGGGGCCCCUGGGGGCCUCCAGGGGCACGGAGCAGGGAGGAUCGCGGAUGCGUGGAUCGAUUCGGCCAGAACGCCAGCGUGGAGCGAGCUGGAGCAUUGUUUUCUGCAGCAGGAGUUGGCCUGCUGA